CUAGUCUAGUUAGUUGUAUCAAUUGAGGGAUGCCACAUUAUAUCUGUGUCAGAUUCCAAGUUGAUGGGCGAAUUGUAGUUGUCAAUGAAUGUUGGCUGGUGGGUGAAUCCCAUUGUAGAUGGCCUCAAUCUGGCAACAUUGAAGAAAUGGUGAAAAUUGGAGCGAAGCCAAAAUCUGAAUGGGGUGUUUGGGAGAUUGAUAUUCUAGGCGGAGAUGAUGAUUAUGAAACUUGUGCAAGAAGAGCGUACAGUACGCAACAAUCUUGGGGAGGGGUAAUCCCCAAACCAACAUGUACAACAGUGCCGCCACCCCCUCCCACGUCAAUUACCCCGCAGCCUGCACCAUCUGAUGUUCGAUAUGCAAUGGAUUAUAUCAAUGAACUAGGAAGAAGGAACUCUGAUAUACCUCGGGAGUCACUGACCCCAAUUCCAGCUCCACCGAACCCCAAGAAAAAGAAAACGUCAACAACAACUUCAGAUCAUGAGAAGAGCAGCGCUGAAAUAAAAGCCACUUUGGCAAGACUUGAGGAAUCUGUGUCGAUAAUAAACAUAAAUUUAUCGCUUCGAUUAAAAACGAUCGAAGAUAAAUUGAAACCACUGCUUGAAGGGGAGAAUGCAUCAUCAAAUGCAGGCAAGAGAAGUCCUCCUCAUGAACGUCAAUCACUCACUGUGUUGCCUCCUGCUACCACUAUGGAAGAACUCGAUGAAUGGCUGGAUAAUCAGAACAUAUUUGCAGUAUCAAAACGAGUAUCCUGUACGCAACUACGAGCAACCGUUCGAAUGUUUGUUAAAACUGUGAUGAAGAAAAGUCUUGCAAAAACGUUCAGUUGGAGCGGAUUAGGGAAUAGAAGAUUGAGAACAAAAACAAGCUUCAAAGAUCAUAAAAUAUUUAAUUUUCUUAUUGACGUACUCCAUGAGACCCAACAUAGACAUUCAUCAGAAGCAGAGAUUGCAGAUUCGAUAAAGAAAGUUCUGGCGGGUGUAGGAGAUUGGGAUGGGGGUCGCACUGCAAGAUUCUCAUCUUACCCCACUAUUGCGUUCUUCCCUUGAGAGGCAAAAGGGAGGAAAGGGAAAACAUUUAAGGGAUCGAUGUCCAUCCCAGUAAAUGGUGUUGCCAGAAAUGCUACAGCUCAGAAGAAAGCAAGGAUUCUGCUCCAACCAACGACAGUGCUGGUCUCUCCAGCCAAGAAAAGUUGUGAACGAACACAAAGAUUGUGCUAUUAAGCAUGUCUAAACAGCUUCAAUUCUUCAGAAAUUUUGAAAAUCUAUUUUGAGUUGUAGAAAAAUAUAAUAAGCAGGAUUGUUUUUUUUU